UGGCCGAAGCUUGAAGAUAACACCGGGUGGGAAACACAACACUCUCUCUACACAAGUCUUCACCACUGCGUCGGAGGCGCAGCCACCAGAACCAGGUUUUUACAAUCUACUUGGGUUUCGGUGGAUUUUUUAGAUUAUUGUUAGAGAUACAACAAUGGAGACAUCUCUAAGAUAUGGAGUAGAUUCCAAAGCCCUCAAAAUUCAUGCCAAGGAGAGGUUUGCCAUUGAUUCCAGCACCCACUUGCAGGUUCAUGGGGAGCUAGAUACAAGAAUUGGAGCUCCUAGUUAUGUCAGUGCAAUGAUAAGACACUUUUAUCCAGAUUUGUCUGCUUGUCUUGGAGUGGGAUUGCAAUAUGAUAAGCAUGAAAAACUCAGGUAUUUUGUUCGAGGAAAAAAGGGUUUUCCUGUGACAAAUGAUGGUUUGAUAAGCUUCAAUGUUAAGGGACGAUGUGAUGUUGACAAAGAAUUUAAACAGAGGAAUUCAAAAGCAGCUGCGGACGUAUCUUGGAGCAUAUAUAAUUUCCAUAGAGAACAAGAUGUUAGAUUCAGAAUUGGGUAUGAAGUGAUUACCAAGGUGCCUUAUCUGCAGAUUAAGGAAAAUAAUUGGACCCUCAAUGCUGACAUGAAUGGUAAAUGGAAUGUCAAAUUUGAUUUGUGAGCAAAGAAAGAGCAUGAUAUAUUCUCUUCGAGGGAGUAGUUUCUGUUUGGCCUACUUGGAAUUCCAAUAAGAGCACGUCGUUACAGGGUGAUUUGAACAAACAAUUGCUUAGCUAUGUAUUAUGUAGGUAAAUUGAGGAUUGUAUUCCCUUUUAAACAUUAUGCUCCAUAUCCUUGUUCCAUAUACUGAACAUUGUUUCAUGCCUGGGAUAUGGAAAUCAUUUCUUUGCAUAA